UAACAGAGAUAUGGGAAACCAUAGAACAAUUCUCAUAGCUCUCUUUGCUUCUGCUAUUGCUGUUCAAAUAUGCUCAGUUUGUGCCACAUUUUCAGAUGAAACUGUCUUCUACUGGAGUGCUGGUGGUGGCCGAUAUACAGCCCCUGACAACGUUUAUCUGGGGUUGAAUAAAACUGGAGGUAGUGGAAUAAAAUCAAAGUCUGGUUACAUGUAUGGAUCUAUUACUGUUGGAAUCAAGCUGCCCUCUGGGAACUCUGCUGGAACCGUCACUACCUUCUAUCUAUCUUCAGAUGGUGACACCCAUGACGAGGUAGAUUUCGAGUUCCUUGGAAAUGUUACAGGGGAGCCUUACACAAUCCACACCAACAUUUACACACAAGGAUUUGGUAAGCGCGAACAACAAUUCAAGCCUUGGUUCAACCCAGCUGAUGGUUAUCACUACUACACCAUCUUCUGGAACCUCUACCAAGUCGUGUGGUUGGUAGACGGUAAACCAAUUCGAGUCUUCAGAAACUACCAUGACUCAGAGAUCAAUUACCCUGACUCGCAACCAAUGCAUGCUUACUCAAGCUUUUGGAACGCGGAUGAUUGGGCGACACAAGGAGGCCGUGUCAAGACUGACUGGACCCUUGCACCAUUUAAAGCACAACUCCAGAACUACAAGGCAGAUGCUUGCUACUGCUCUGACAAAAGCUGUGUUGCUAGAUGUAGUGAGAAAAAACCUACCAACUGGUGGACCAAACAAAAGUAUUUCAAGCUCUCUUCUAGUCAGAACGAAGAGAUGAAUAGGAUCAGAAGAGAGUGCAUGAUCUAUAACUAUUGCACUGAUAGCCCAAGAUUUAAUGGAGAUUUCCCUAAAGAAUGUUCUCUUACUCAGUACUAAAUUGAUGAUCAUCUCAAAAAAAACAAGGUGCCUGAAUAUAUUGGCACUACAUGUUUGACAAGAUUAUUAUUCUAUAUAUUUUGUACCAAUGUUUCAUUUCUAUAAUAUUAUUCAUUCAUUCCUAUAUACUUCAAAUCUCCUCCAAAUAAAUGUUUCUCUGUUUGCUAUUCUACUUUGUACCCUCAUAAAGUCAUAAUUGUAAGGCCCUAUUUUGGUUGCAUAGUA